AUGUACACAUCUACCUAUUCAUCAUCUUCACCUGUUCGAACAUCAACAUUCGGAGUAGGAUCGACAAAUUAUCAAGAUCAACCUUCAAACCAAAACAAAUAUAAUUCCUAUCAGACAAUGAAUGAUGGCAGUAUGCUUUCAAGACGUUUUAAUACAACAUAUUCAAAUUCUGCUUCACCUGUAACAUCAAUUCCUAUACGUGCAGCUACACCAACUAACAAAUAUACAAGUACUUAUAAUACAACUUCAAAUGAUUUUAAUCUAAAUAAAUAUCCAUCAACAUCUUAUCGUUCAUAUACUGGUGAGAAUGAAAUAUUUCGUUCAAAUAAUUCAGUUGGAAAUGGUCGAGCACAUUCAUAUGAUGAUUUACUGAAUGAACAAAAUCAACUAUAUCGAUCACAGUCAUCAAUUUAUAAUUCAACAACACGAUCUGGCCUAAAUAACAAUACAUAUGGACAACCAAGAAUACAACGUGAUAUUUAUGAUGAUGAUUUAAUAGUAAAAUCAACUGACUUAUCAGCUGCAUAUGAACAAGAAAUGAUUCAAUUAGUUCGUUCAGCAUUUCGAAAAUAUGAUUUAAGUAGUCAACGUGAAUUAGCUGGUUUUCUUAAACGAUCAGCUGAUAAAGCAUUUUCAUCAUGUUGGCAUUGCAUUGUUGGAAAACAAUUUAGUUCAUAUGUAACACAUGAAAUGAAUGGAUUUAUUUAUUUAACAAAAGGUCCACUAUCAAUUUUACUGUUUAAAAGUGGUUCUUAA